CCGGCGCCAUGCUGCGGCUGCCGGCCGGGCUGCGCCGCCGCCUGCGGGAGGGGCCGCCCCCGCCCCCCGCGCCGCCCCCGCCCCGCGCCCCGCCGGCCCCGCCGGCCCCGCCCUUCGCCUUCGCCCCCCGCCGCCUGCGACUCGGCGCGCACCACCCGGUCUUCGAGGAUGGGGACGUGCACAGGCACCUCUACCUCCAGGGUGUCCUCACCAGCCUGGCGGAGGUGGCGGAGAGACCCAAGGUGUCUGAAUUCAGUUGUCACAUCUCUGGAUGCUGCCAGGUCUUUGAUACAGUGGAAGGCUACGAGCACCACUACAACACGCUGCACAGGAAUGUCUGCUCAUUCUGCAAGCGUUCCUUUCCAUCUGGACAUCUCUUGGAUAUUCACAUCUUAGAGUGGCACGACUCACUUUUCCAGAUAAUGGCUGAGAAGCAAAACAUGUACAAGUGUUUGGUAGAAGGCUGUGCAGAGAAGUUCAAGAGCAGCAAGGACAGAAAGGAUCACUUGGUCACUGUUCACCUUUAUCCUGCUGACUUUCGGUUUGAUAGACCAAAGAAAGUGAAAAGUGGCCCCAAGCAUGUGAGCUCUCCCACGAAGCAGGGUGCCCGCGUGCCAGUAGAUGUGAGCAUGGAGACAUCGGAACAGUUCCAAGUGGACCCCAUGGAAACAGGGCCCAGUGAGAACAUGGAGAUCCCUCAGCCUGCAGCCAGCCCUGGACCCUUGGUGCCAGAGAAACGACUGUAUAAAUCCAGGAUCCCAUCCACAAUUUGCUUUGGACAAGGUGCUACCCGAGGAUUUAAAGGACCAAGGAAGAAAGUCUGAAGAGUUUUUAAAAGCUCGCAGCAAGGACAGCCCUUGGGAUAGCCCACAGACGUGGGGCAGAUUGAACUCCACAUUAGUAACUGACAGAAAGAGUCUCAGACUGCAGUGGAGCACUGCACUGUGGAGGUGAGAGCAAAUCAGCUGCUGGAGCUGAGACUAUGCAGGAUUAUUAUUUUUUUUUUGUCUUUUUGGGGAAAAAAACAUUCAAGAAACUCCAAGACAAAAUCUGCUGACUGUGUGGAAGCUGGAACCGCUGACAAAAAGAGAAAAGAAAACGGAAAACCAAUGUCCUUAAUUCUGACCCUUUCCUUCUCACUGAAGUCUUGUUCCAUUCCCUUGUGCUUACUCUGAAACUCAUGCAAAAGGUUUUCCUGGGCCAGGAAAAGCAUGCUGGUGCCAUGCAGCUGAUUUCCACAGGGAGUUAAAGUGACUUCCAACUAGGUGAAUAAAUAAAGGAAUUUUUACAUAA